AUGGAAGAUAUUGGGAAGAUCAAGGCAGAUGUGUCAAAAACCAAGGUCAAAGAAGUAACCAGGACUUACAGUCACAUGCUAUCAAAAAGAACACCCUCAAUAGCAAAUACAAAUGAAGUUGUUGGUCUCCAGGAUGAAGAACAAGCAAUUGUUGAUAAGCUGCUAAGGGGAUCAAAGAAGUUGAAGAUUAUUGGCAUUGUCGGUAUGCCAGGUUUAGGUAAGACAACUUUAGCAACAAAACUUUUUAAUAAUUCUUCAGUCUCACAAUAUUUUCAUGUUCGUGCAUUGUGUGUUAUUUCACAAACUCUGGACGAAAGGAAACUCUUUCUUGAACUUUUAAAGCAAGUUGUUCCCAACUCUAAUAUGAAUCCUGAGACAAAUGAAAGAGAUGUAGCUGAAAAGCUGUGGCGCAGUCUGAAAGGAAAGAAAUAUCUCAUCUUUCUAGAUGAUAUAUGGAGUAGGAAAGCAUGGGAUAACAUAGCCCAAUGCUUCCCUAAUGAUGAUGUUGGAAGCAGAAUUCUUUUGACGAGUCGUGAUCAAGAUGUUGCUCCUCCUGAGAUGCUGAUGGACAACACAUCUCAUUUUCUUCGUGCACUUAAUGAAGAAGAGACACUAGAGUUAUUGCAGAAAAGGUUAUUUCCUGGAAGUGAUGGUUGGCCGCCUGCAUUGCUUGAUCUCGGAAUUCGAGUUGCUAAAAUUUUUCGUGGACUACCUCUCACAAUCGUCAUAGUAGCAGGACUUCUAGCAAGUACAGAGACAGAGGGUUGGGAUGACAUCCUGGAUUUUUUAGGCUCUGGCAAUUUAUCCAUUAAGGAAAAGUACCAAGACGAAAAUUUGUCCAAUAUCUCAUUUGUGACUGACAUUUUCAACCUUCUGAAAGUGUUGGACUUGGAGCAAAUCAUUCUACGUUCUGGGUUUCCAAGUGAGAUACAACUGCUUGUCCAGUUGGCCUUUCUGGCAAUUGGAGGUGAUAAUAUUCGUGACAUCCCAUCAUCAAUAGAUAAACUCUCAAUGUUGAAAACUUUUAUUUUAAUGGUGGAAGAUAUGGUGGAAGAUAUGGAAGAUAUGGAAUUUCACUUCCAAAUACUCUCUGGGUUCUAG